AUGAACGUGGUGUUAGCCAACGGCGUCCAGCAGACGAUAAAUUCAUCUUCGGACCUAUGGUGGGCCAUGAAUGGAGCAGGGCAGAACUUCGGCAUCGUCACCUCCGUCGCCGUGAAGGUCUACGAUAUCGAGUACCCCGACUGGGCCAUCGCGACGCUCACGUUCGGCGGCAACAACGUCGAAGCCGUAUACGAGGCCGCCAACCAGCACUUGUCUGAUCUCCCUGCCGACAUCAUCAACUGGUCGUACUGGCUUAACAUGCCGGACGUAGACUCAGACAGCCCUAUCAUCCUCUUCUACAUCAUCCAAGAAGGCGCCACGGCCGUCGACCCCAUCUACACGGCCCCCUUCCACGCUCUCAGUCCCCUCUCCACCGAAUCCCAGUCGGGCACGUACCGCGACCUGGCCGCCUGGACGGGCAUCCCGCUCGACACGCCGCCAUGCCAGAAGGCCGGGCUCGCCAACUCGCGCUUCCCGAUCUACCUCCCUUCGUACAACAUAUCAGCGCAGCGUUCCGCCUACGACGCCUUCGCGGCCAACGUCUCCGCAGACUUGCCCUUCGCGUCGUCCAUCUUCAUGUUCGAAGCAUAUCCGCAGCAGGGCGUGCGAACCGUCGAGGCGGCAUCGACGGCGUUCGCAUUCCGUGACGACAAUUUACUAAUCUCGCCGCUGCUAACAUACACACCUGCUGGAGCGGACCUCGAUGACCGCGCUGAAGAACUGGGUAACCGGCUCCGCGACAUCCUGUACGGCGGCAGCGGCCGCGAGGAGCUCCACGUGUAUGUGAACUACGCCUACGGAGACGAGACACCAAAAAACUGGUACGGGUACGAGUCGUGGCGGCAGGACCGUCUCCGGAACUUGAAGAGGAAGUAUGACCCCGAGGGCCGGUUCAGCUUCUAUGGUCCUGUCGAAAACGGUCGUCAGGGCACCGUGGAACAGCAUUGCCACCAUCAAAAUACAGCAGCAGCUUUUGCCGAUAAGCAUCGGUGGUAUACCGUAGCCUUCUUCUUCCGAAGCAAACCUCCGCCAGAUCGCGAGGAAGUACUACGUCGAAUUUCGGAGGUGGGCGAGGUUCGAAAGGCAGCGGGCGGCGGAAUGCUCGAAGCGGUACUGAAGAUGUUCGCGGACGGCGAGCGUCGUGUGAGGCCCAUCCUGGGCUGA